CGGCGAGCAGCCAUGGCGUUCCGCGACGUUUCCAAAGAAGCACUCAUUGGAACUGUCACACUGGGAGUUAUUUUUAUGGCAGGAUAUUUGUUCGGGAAGAGAAAACCUAUUCAAAUGAACUUGUCCAAAAGUCACGGCAGCGGGCAAAGCAACCCGCUGAUGCAGUACGUCCUGCGCCACUCCAUGAGGGAACACCCCGCCUUGGCCAACCUCAGACUGAAGACACUGGAGCACAACAAAAACGCCAUGAUGGUCUCCUGCGAGCAGUCGCAGUUUAUGGCCAAUUUGGUCAGACUGAUCAAAUCCAAGAAGGCUAUCGAGAUCGGAGUGUACACAGGUUACAACACGCUGAGCGUUGCGUUGGCGUUGCCCGAUGACGGCGUCGUCGUGGCGUGCGACGUCGAAAAGAAAUAUGCCGACAUUGGCAAACCUUUCUGGAAAGAGGCUGGAGUGGAGAAGAAAAUUGAUCUUCGCAUUCAGCCAGCAUUGGAAACACUGAAUGCGCUGUUGGAUGCGGGCGAGGCCGAAACCUUUGAUUUUGUCUUUCUCGACGCUGACAAAGUUAACUAUGAGGUGUACUACGAAAAGGCUCUGCAGCUCAUCAGGAAAGGCGGCAUCAUUGCCAUCGACAACGUGCUGUGGGGCGGCAGGGUGCUGCAUCCCACCCCGGACGACCCGGAUACGUUCGCCAUCGACAAGCUGAACAAGAAACUGCACAGAGACGCUCGCAUCAGCCUGAGCAUGCUCACCGUAGGGGACGGCCUCACGCUGGCCAUCAAACUGUAGGAAGGCAUCAACGCCAAGGAGAAAUGAUGGUUAUUUGCUUAAAUAUUGGCCAGGGGCCUUUACUUGCUCAACUGCAGAGAAUGCCAGCAAGUCUUAAAAGGCUUUUUAAUUGGCUCUCCAAGUACCACUAUCAUCAUGACCAACGUCAACAUUUUGGAGCAUAGAAGGCCUGGACGUUCAUCAAAAUUGAGACUGACAUUUUAUAGGAAGCCAUUCGAACAUAACGUACAGUUGAAACAUUAAAGCUGCCUAAAUAUAGGAAAAAUUGAAAAAGUACUUCAAUGAGUCAAUAAAAUGUAUGGCACAUAAAAAUUCUAACCUCAAUAAAAGUUAAAAACAAAACUGUUCUUAAAGAUUACAAGCAAAUGUAUUGAACAGUUAAAUACAACUGAAAUGUACUAAGGUAGUGAUUGCUUUCUGACUUUAUUUCUAGAAAUGAGGCAAAUACUGUAAGUGUUGUUCUCAAUUCUUUCCAACUAAUUUUUCAUCGUUUACUUGAGGUAUAGUUUUUAAUCAGGACAACUAUUUGGGACACGGCCUUUACUUGAGGAAAUAACUGUAUUCAUGUGCAAGUUGAUAAUGAUGUUCUGGAAGGAUUUGACAGUAUAAAUUUGUAAUUAUAAUGGCAAGGAAAUCACUUAAUUAAAAUAAAUGACCUGGAUCACCCCCCAAUACCACCAUGUUAAUUUAAAAAAAAAAAAAGACGACACAGUACAACAAAGGAGGAAGCGCUUUACUUGAUAAACGUAGUCUAGUGUGCAAAAUAACAGUUGUGAUGUACAUUCUACACGCACUUGCUUGGAUUGUCAACAUCAAACUGAAUGGAAAAGAUGGUGGCUCUUACAUUUAGCAUUGUGAUCGACAGCAAGGGUUCCCAAUUUGUACGUCCGGGACUCAAAUCGCUCCGAACUUUUUCGGUCACCAUACGUUGUCAAGUUAAUGUUCAAACAGCCGCACGCUUUUUUUAAGAAGUGUUUUGAGGUCUUUCGUAAUACAUUUCAAUAGGUUUGGCUGGUCUUUUGUGACUGGAGCUUCAGUAUGGAUUCAUUGUGAUUCACAAAGGAGAGGAGACAAGGACGUGACAUUUCAGCAGUGCUCGAGAAUAGGGGGGAUUUCCCCCCCCGUUAUUUCUUUAUGGUUAAAAUAAAUUCUGUCUCAAAAUGAAUCCUCACGCCUCCAGCUCCAGUCCCAGGCCCAGUUUGUGCCCGCCGGCGUUUAUGUUUUUCCCGUCCACCAGCGCUGACAGGAUGAGUUUCAUACCUGCAACCAUCAAAUAUUUUAAAGGGGAAGGAAAGGCAAAAAUAACCACUUAGUUUAACAUACUGUGCUAGCUGAACUAUAAGGCAACGAGCUAGUAGCUCCAGUAACUGACGUCACUUCCUCCCUUUCGCCGGAAGUCGGGGCAGAUUCACGUUACAUUCUCGUGACUUUUGCACACAGAAUGACAUCAAAAUGGCGGCCCCCAAUGUGGUGUUUUUUCUUUACGAAAUACUCCGUAGAUUUAAGUAAACGGCAUCAGAUAAAGAAGAUAUGGACAUUUACAAAAUAACUAAGUUUUGACAUCAAGGGUUUACCUCGGCUUUAAGAUUCAUUUUGAAAUCAAAACGGUGCGAGUAAAAAUUAAAAAUAUACAAGAAUUUUCCCUCACCGGGCCGAAGAGUCUGACUGUAUCCGAUUCCGACCAAGCUGGCGUUGUUUACCUUGGCCUGUAGAAAGACGAUUAAGUUUAGAAUUUAGUUACGCUGUAAUAAAUGAAUAAAAAUGAUCAUUUUAAAUGCAUAUUACGAAAUGUUGUUGAACAUACUAGGAACUUAAGAACAAAUGUAACUUUGAUUAUUUCUGCAUUUAAUAAUGUUAUUCACCGAUAUGGAGGCACUGGAGUCCAGCUGGUAUUUGGCAGCAAUACUGAAGCGAGUUCCGUUGCUGCCCGCUGCCCACGCCAGAUUGACGGCAGUCUCCAGCUGCUCGUUCACCUUCUGGUAUAUGGAGCCCCCGAAUUCACAACCAUUGUUUCUGGAAAAACAAAAUGCACCUUUUUGUUCAUUAAGUCUUUCACCUCCCAGCUGUCGACAGUCACCACAGGUGUGCCUCAGGUCUCUAUCCUGGGGCCCCUCUUCAUCACAUACAGUAUCUCAUUCCCACAUAACCCAGUUUUACAAUUGCUCCACUAGCUACAGGUUAAAUUUAGAAUACAUUUCAAAAUCCUCCUCAUUCCUACAUCCAUGUUUUCCCUAAUUGUAUACGUACACAUUGGUGUGUAGCUGGAAGUCUCCCGUCUUGUAGCCAACGGCAAAGUUACUCUGGAGCAUCCUAGACUUGGCCGUGUCGAAACUCAUCUGGUAGCCGGCCAGCCAGCCUUCGUAGCCGGUCACCGCUGCGCCGUGGAUGGUGGGCCCGGCAAAGUCCAGGUCCACGUCCACGCCUGUGUGCAGGUACUCUCGCUUAUAGGCCGUCUUGAUUUUGCCACUCUUCUUGCUGCGUGAAAUAUGAACUUUGUUUUCCACAGUAGUUUAAAAUGUGAAGCACUUAAUUUUCGCCACAAUUUGAACUUUUUAUUGUUGUAUUACUCCAAAGUGGAUUCAAUUCAUUUUUUCCCUCAAAAUUCUACACACAACAACCCAAAAUGAAAACGUGAAAUAUGUGUUUUAACAUUUUUGUAAGUUAGCUAAAAAAGUAUUCACAGGCUUUGCCAUGAAGCUAAAAAUUUAGCUCGCAAUGCUGCAAAGAGGGGCGGUCCAAACUGACCAAAGAAAGGUAUGCCAAGUUUGUGGCAUCCUUUUAAGAAGUACAGUGGUGCCUUGAGAUACCUUGAGUUGAAUUUGUCAUGUAACCACGCUCAGGACUCUAAACAGUCUAAACGGACCACUGAUUAUGUUUUUAAUGAUGAAGGACAAUGAAAGUACGUACCCAGUGUUUGGUGAAAACGUCGUGUCAAAAUUCAGUUUCAGGCCUUUGGUGAUCUAAACAAGAAAAUUAUUGCGUUAUAGCGAGCUGGUAAUUUUCCACCUUUAGAGGUAGAAUCACAUCCAUAAAAUUUUAACACCUGACACUCUCUUUUCCCGUCCUAUUGUGUUGAAAGCAAUUGUCGCUUAGGCUGCGCGACAUCGGGGAAAAAAUGUCCGAUUAUUUUUUUGUUUUUGUAACCCUGCGAUAUAUAUAUUGCAGUGUAAGCAUGCAUUUCUCUUUUCCAUCAAUGUAUUGCUCGUACAGUUUAUACGAAAAUAAUAAACUAUAAUCAAUAAAAUAAACUAUUGUCAAUAGA